UAAAUGUCUCCAAAACGAAAAUUUUGAUAUCACAAGUUUGUGUGUCAUCGGCAGCAGUCGUCUCAUCAGCAACAUGAACACUUUCUACGUAUUCGCCUUUGUGACGGUGGCCGCAGCGGCGGCGGCGGCACCGGCGGCGGCGCCACCAGCAGUGACUGGAGAGGCGAGCGCAGCUGCGGGAGAGACGCGCGACAAGCGCGGCCUGGCGGGCGAGGCGCUGCUGGCGCCCGGUCUGCACGCGCCACUGCUGGGCUACGAGGCUGGCCUGCUGGGCGCGCACGCGUCGCUCCUCAACCCGCACCUAGCGCACUCCCUGCACAACCCACUGCUGGCCUCCUCGCUCUACUCCCCCCUCUACGGUCACGGCUACGGAUCCUCGCUCUACUCCCCGCUCGGCUACGGCUACGGCUACGGCUACCCCUCCGGCCUGCUCUCCCCAUAUCUGGGCGGUCACAGCCCGCUGCUGGCCUCCCCCUACCUGGGCGCGCACAACCCGCUGCUGUCCUCGUCGCUGCUGGCGCACGGCGCUCCCGGCCUCACCAUCGUCAAGUCCUCCGGCGGCCACUCCAACUCUAACGGCCACGGUCACGGCAAGCAGAACUCCGAACAUUAAGUAGCUGCCAAAAUUUUGUUAAUUAUUUAUAUGUUUUAAAAUAGUAACAAAUUUUUAAAUACAUAUUU